AUGCAGAGGAUCUUUCAUGCCAAGAGGUGUUCGGAUGAGAGUCGAUUUGCUUUUUCUGAAUAUUUUCUAACGGGGGAAGUCGGUCAUUGGUGGAGUAGCAUGAGGAUGCUGUUGGAGGGAAGUGGUACUCCUAUCUCUUGGGAAGUAUUCAAGCAGAAGUUCUAUACCGAGUACUUUCCAGAUAGCAUUCGGUUUGCAAAGGAGGUAGAGUUUCUUCAGCUGGUUCAGGGGAACAUGUCGGUAUCAGAGUAUGCCGAUCGGUUUAAGCAUCUUUUAAGGUUUCAUACGUUGACAAUGAAUGAGGAGUGGCAGUGCAGGAAGUUUGAGAAUGGGUUGGGAUGUGAUAUCAAAUUGUUGGUCACCGUUUUGAGUAUCAAGGAGUUUCCAGCUUUAAUGGAGAAGGCUAGAAUUUUGGUGAAGACAAAGAUGGAAGUAGAGAGUCAACAGAGACAGCCACCGAGGGUUGGAGGACCGAACAUUUCCAGAGGCAGUUUUGGUGCCAGGAGAACUCCUUAUUCUCGGUCUUCUUCUUCUUCUGGAUCUUUGGGUUCUUCUUCACCGUCAUCCGGUUCUAGUAGUCAUUCAGGGCCGCAAGGGUUAAUAAGUUGUUACAACUGUGGAGGACCUCAUAUGAAAUCAGUUUGUCCUCAGUUGGUGGGACUCAUGAAGUGUAAUCGGUGUAGAAGGGAAGGUCACUACGAGAGGGAUUUCCCCUUGGGUAGAAGAGUAGUGGUCUAG